AUGAUUUGCAAAAAGGAAGACUUUGUUGACAACGAGUAUUACGCUUACAAUCUUAUAUUAUUUAGACUCCUUGGAUUAUGGGAUUAUCAGACAUCGUCAUGGAAACUGAUUUACGUUUCUUAUAUUAAUAUUUUCUUAAUUAUUGGAUUAUUUGAAGAGAUUUAUGUUCUAUUUUCGUCAAAACGAAAAAUAGGCAUCUACGUUAAAUUAAUGGAAAUUAUUUUGCCUACUUUAUGCUUCGGAUGUUGUUAUUACAAUUUGCUCAGGAAUGGUGCAAUUAUGAAGAAAAUUCUUAAUCGUAUCAAAUGCGACUGGGAUAACAUAACGAAUCAACCGGAAUUGGAGAUAUUGAAAAAAUAUGCCUAUUUAAGCAGAAAGAGUACGGUUAUAAUAGCAAGUCAGGAAAAUAACACAAACACACCAUAA